GCUUUCUAAACGAACCUCGCAGGCUAGACUCGAUUAGUUUUGGGGAAUUUAUCGCUGAUUUACGCCCUGUCGUUGAUUUCAAGUCUCCUGAACUUCGGUAUUGAAAGUACAAUCUUCCGUGUUCGAAAUGGCUGUUGAUAUAGGAUGGUGGGUGAUUAAAUUUCGCGAUGAUAUUCAACGUUAUGUCCAACAGUUUGGUGUUUCAGAUAUUGAUACAUUCUUCAAGAAAAAGUUGGAGAGUUGGCAAGACAUCAAGGUGAAUAUAGCGAUUACUGGCUACGCUGGAACUGGAAAAUCGAGUUUCGUCAACAGAAUACGAGGGUUAGUAUAUUGAAUAUACUAUAAAUGUUACAUAUUCAAAUUUGGUAAACGAGACAUACGUAUACUAGGUUCGUCUUCUAAUGGUACGUGGAAGUAAUUGCAGCUUGAAUAAUAAAUCUUAUCACAUCGUGACACAUAUUCACAACUCCAUAAUAAUGCAAUCAAUUAAGCUUGCUUUUACGCUCUCUCUUGUUUAAAACCAGACACUCAUAGAAAAGCAUUGCUCGUGAAAAUAUAAAUUAUUUAAAGCAGUUUUAUUUUUAAGAUCUCCAUUAAAGCCCUCGUGUACUUUAAUUUUUUGGCGCCCCACUUUUGCUUCACUUUAACCUUGAAGUUUGCAGGUUAAAGAGACUCGAUGCAAGUCGAAGCAAUAAAUUUUAAGAAAAUAUGACCUUUUUCUACUCAAAACUGCUAAGAAAAAACCAAAACUGAACCAUAAGAACCGAGUAGACGAUUGUGGCUGUAUUGUAGGCAACCGCGUUAUUUGCAUGACGCUGAUACAUCACAGUGUAUCUGUAAUGAUGAUGAGCGGGUUAUCCGUUUUUUAACGUCGACUUCUAUCCAAUUUCUAGUAUUAUUUCUAAGGUUUGUUUAAUAAAAAGUAUAUGUAUUUUAAUUUUUCUUGCGUAGCCGGCCUAUCCAGUACAAUUGUAGACGGGUUUCAUUUUCAAACGCGACUGGCCCAUACACAACGGGAUUUAUUUAUUUGCUCUAGACAGAUGGUGGAUCUGAUGGUGACCCAAGUCAAUCUAAGGCAGUUUUUAAGACUCCUUAUUUGAGAAUUUACUUAGCUUAAUCCUUCAAUUUAUUAGGAGCCCAUCAAUAGGCUUCUGAGAAUACUCAUUUUAAAACGACCAUCUUCAAAGUGCUUUAUGAAUUCAUCAUUUAAAUUCCUUCAGGGUCAAUCCUCAAUGGAAUGAACGAAAAGCACGUAACUCAAAACUCUUCCGGUUUUUCCGAGAAUUCUGCUGAGCCUCACAUGUUUUUCAUGACAGCAGGAGCCCGAAAAGUAAACAUUUGCCACGUGAGUUGAAUACAACUGACACGAUAAAAGACAAUGAGACACAUCACACAUGACUCAAGGCCGCUUACUCUUUUUCAAAUGGAGAGUAGACUUGCGACAAGUCGACCUCUUUGCGAGCGGAGCGAGCGUUUUUUGGCCGCAACGACGAAGGACUUUUUUGGAAGUCUAAAUGGAGAGCAGUUGCACGCAAGCUAUUUUUGAUUCGGAUAUUUCACUGAUCGGACGGUCCUCCUUCAUGCUCUCUUUCCACUAGACGUACCCACAAUUUAUUUUUUUAAGCUAGGAAAAUUCGACGAAUAUAACCCUAUCAAAACGGUCUUUUAGUUGAUUGGAAAGUCUUCUCCUCUUCGGUAAAAAGAUAACACAGUCUAUUUUGGUCCCUGAACUUUCAGAAAAACAAUUAAAUCAAGCAGCAUUAAAAACCACAGGUAACCCAGGCUCUAUGAUAGUACCACAGUACCGUUCCAGUAAAAUUACAGUGUUUGCAUGGGGUAAAAAUAGGAUCCCAAAAAUUUCAAGGAAAUACUAAAUAAAGAUCAAUGAAACUUACUCUGCAGUUAGUUGUUGUUGUCCUUAAUGCUCCAACGAAGUUUCGUGGUAAUUUGUUCAAAUUCACUCUAUAUACAAAUAAUAUACAAGGUAGGAGACACGAGAUGCCAUCUUCGCCGCCAUGCUCUGAUUCAACACAACUUUUUUCCACGAAUUCGAACUCCAACAGAAAAUAAACAUGCCAGGAUCGUAGUAACAGGAUAGCAGCAGAUAUAGAAAUCAAUGAAGCUUUCCCAGAUAGAAAAACGAAUCCGCAGACUUUGACAAACUCGAAGGAUAUAAUCCAAAAAGGCCGAGAAUAUGCUCGCCGAAGUAGCCGGGCCAGAUCAACGCGAAGCCAAGAAAAUGAGGACUGUGCACUGUACAAAAAAAUCCUUUUUAUUUCAAUUUCAUUUCAAAAGUUAGGACAAGAAAGUAUUUUUACCCUCCAAACACCUUCCAUGGCUAUUCUGGUUGUUCAAGGAUCUUCACUUGGCAUUGCAACCUCUUUCUCAGUAGCCUCUCACUUCAGAGAACGGCAAGACGAAGAGUCCUUGUGAACCAGGUUGUUGGAAAGUGGUAGCUGUGGAGGGGACAACAGAAUUGUACGUGUUUCGAGUUUGUCAUGACUGCUAAACAAGAGAACUGAAGACCCAAUGAGUUAUACUCCAUCUGAAGUACAAUGUAUUCACCAUGGAAGAGAAGAAGACAUAUUUACAACUCUUUUUAUUGUUUGUUUGUUUGUUUGUUUUGUCAGUUAAAUUUACACCAAUAGGCAAUUUUUCCUGCCGACAUUGGUGAAUAUUUUCACUUCAGGUCGAUUCUUACGCUGUAUCAUGCGCCAUUACUGUUUGCAUUUAGCGAUAAUUUUAGUACGCAAAUCACGCACACUUAAAGUACUUAGUACAGUCCAUCCUGUCUUACGCAGCCACCUUUAAGGAAUGACUAUAUAACUGACUGUAAACGUUGAAAUGAACUGCAGAAAUCGCUCGUUUUUACUUUUUGUGAGACUUUCUUUUUUGUUUUCGCAAUAGUCAAGUGUACGAUUAAAAGGAGUGAAUGGCAACUUUAAGGUUCUUUCCUCAAGAAACUUCCUCAAGAAGCAUCUCCUCCUUAAGUAUACGGGAGUUGAAUUUGAUGCGCCACCCUGCGCCGAGCAUGAGUACAUUCCGUGUUAAUUUUGAUAGCUCUUGAAAUUAAUGUUAAUCACAGAAAUCGUUACAUUUUCAAUAAUUUCUUUCUCAGACUUAAAGACUGCGACCCAGGAGCAGCCAAAGUUGGCUUCUGCACUGAUUACACAUCUCAGCCGAAACCAUAUCCUCAUCCAGAUAAUCCAAACAUUAUAUUUUGGGAUUUACCAGGAAUAGGGACCGAUGAAUUCCCCGCAAAGACGUACUGUCAGAGAGUAGAUUUGAAAAAGUAUGACUCAUUUCUGAUCUUCACGGCGAACAGAUUCCGCAGGGAGGAUUCAAUUCUGGCCGAGGCCGUUUCAUCGAUCGGUAAGAAGUUCUUCUUCGUCCGCUCGAAAAUAGAUCAAGACGUUGAAAACGAGACUGACAUAUUAAGUACUCCUGAAUCAUUCAAUGAAACGAAUUUCCUCGAAAAAGUGCGAGUUGAGUGUUUGAAUAAACUGGGUGACCGACUGAGCAAUAAGCAGCAUAUUUUCCUGAUAAGCAACAAGUACCCCCAAAAAUGGGACUUCAAAGAUCUGGGACAAGUCAUUCUGGAUAUUUUGCCAACAGAUUUGAGCGAGUGUUUGACCUUGUCCCUUGGCGUUCUAAAGAGCUUGUCAACUGAAACGUUAGAGAGAAAAGUCGCAGUCCUCAAAAGACGAAUAUGGCUGGUUGCAGGGGCUUCUGCCGCGGUCGCUUUGGUUCCGAUUCCUGGUGUUUCUACAGUGGCUGAUCUCGGUCUGAUUGUCACAGAAAUGGAAUUUUACAGAUCCCAGCUUGGUCUGCCUAAAGAUAGACCAGAUAAAUUUGAGAUGCUGACCGAGCCCACUCAAGUCAAAGCCAAAAUGUACCUGAAAUCUCUGGAAUUAGCUGUAAAAGGUACCGGAUGGUUGGCAGCCUAUGGCAGAGAAGCAGCUGCUAAGGAACUGGUUCGUUUUCUUCCAUUCGCUUUAGCAACAGCUAGUGCAAUGUCAUGUGGUACUACGUACUAUGCACUUUUGCAUUGUUUGAAAACAAUGGCAGACGUGGCAUUUGCCGUCCUUUGCGAAGCCACCGAAAAAACGGCCGAAGAUUUGCCAGAUAUAGAUUAAUUUAACAUUCAAUGUCUUUUUUAUCUCUGUAAAGUACGUACUUACAACCGCAUUUGCUGAAGGUAACUCUCCGCUUGAAUCAAGUUCUCGAAUAUUACAACAGUAGCCAGAAUGGGUGAUUUUUUACGCUAGUAAAUACAGGCGUAGCCCCAUGUAAGGGGAUCCAGGAUAGUCUCACGCUUAGAUUCCGGAUUCCACGCCGUGAAUUCCGCAUUCCAAUUGCUGGAUUAUGGAUUCUUUGUCAGUGGAACUUUGCCUAUUUCGGAUUUCAAUCAUUAGAGGAACCCGAAUUCCUUGAGCUGUAUUCCGGAUUCCCCGAGAACAAUUUCCCCGAUUCCGCAAUCCGGAUUCACUUACAUAAGGCGACGGUAAAAUACCAGGAAAAAAAACAACAACAGUAAAAAAAAAAAAACAAACCAAGAAAAAACAACAAUUAAACUACCCAGUAUCUUGUUGUGCC